CGGUCGUUGCUUCACUCUCUCACUUCGGUCGUGCUGCUGGCGCGAUCUCUUGCGCUCGCCUUUCUCCACACGCUGGUGCGCUGGGUGCGCAUUCCGCGGCCGACUUCAUUCGCCACCGCCGAUUCCUCCGCCGUCGCGGCCUCGCUGCCAUUGUUUGUUAUGAUGUCGUCCGUCGUGCCCGCCGCCGUCGCGUUGCGGACGCCGCGCGCGCCGCCCCAGUGAGCCGGUGAGGGUGCCCAGCGUGCGUGCGAAACAUGGACAAAUACAGUGCGAGUGCGUCGAUCCCACACUGCUGAGACAUGAAUCACAUGCCGCCGUACAGACUGAAUGUACCGAACGCGGGCGGCGCGGACCACCCUGCCUCCGGCGGCGCCUCCAAUCCGAAGAAGCGUCGCAAGAACGGCGCAGCCAGCCAGCCGCCGCAGCCGCAACCGCCGACGAAUGUGCAGGAUCUACUACCGCCGCCGCUCUCCGGCUACGGCGACACCAUCGUCGCCUCCAACCCCUUCGACGACUGCCCCAGCAGCAUGACGAUGAGCAUGGUGCGCAACCCCAAUCCCAUGGGCAUGCCACCCGGCAAGCCUAUGGACAUGUACCAUAUGAAUAUGUGCCGUCCCAUGGGAGGCCCACCCAUGCCCAACAUGCACGGCCAUGGCAUGAUGAUGAACGGGUCACCUAGAAUGAAUGGACCGCCAAUGAAUGGUCCUCCAAUGGGUCCAAAUGGACCUAUGGGCCCACAAAUGAUUCCCAGUCCAAAUGGUCCCGGUUCUAUGCAUGGACCCAUACCUGGCCCAAUGCAAAGCCCUCUAGGAAAUAUGGGUCCAUCUCCCGGAAUGCCCGGACCUAUCAAUGGACCAAUGAUGUCCCCAAUGGGUGGGCCUAUGAACAAUGGCGGACCGAUGGGUGGCCCAAUACACAGCCCACACAACCCGAUGAAUGGCCCAAUGAACAGUCCGAUGAGCGGACAUGGAAAUGGACCGGGACCGAUGAACGGCAUGUCUUCACCCAUGGGCAACCAGAUGAAUGGUAUGGGUCCGGGCAAUAUGAAUAACCCGAUGGGUGGACCGCCGAAUCCUUGUAAUAUGAAUCACAAUUCAGGAAAUGGACCUAUGAAUAAUAAUUUUAUGAUGCCUAUGUAUCAGAAACCUAUGCCAGUGAGUGCAGGAAAGGUCUAUCCUGCUGAUCAACCUAUGGUGUUUAACUCACAGAAUCCUAACGCUCCGCCGAUUUAUCCAUGCGGUGUUUGCCAUAAAGAAGUUCAUGAUAAUGAUCAAGCAAUACUAUGUGAGAGUGGAUGCAAUUUUUGGUUCCAUAGAGCUUGCACGGGAUUAACGGAAGCGGCCUUUUCGAUGUUGACGAACGAGGUGUACGCGGAGUGGGUGUGCGACAAGUGUCUCAACACGAAGACCAUACCGCUAGUUAAAUUCAAGCCAUAACCAUGCAAAAAUUCGCUCAUUCACAGUAAGAUAACUAGAUAACCUUAAAACUAGGUAUGCAACUCGAAUAACAAACAAACAAACAAAACACAAACGCAGGGAUUGAAAUGUUACAAAUAAGUGACAAACACAUAAAAAAAAUUAAAUGAAUUAAUUCGAAAGACUGAAAUCUUAAUAAUAUUAAAUAAUGUAAAUGAAAAUAUGAUAUGAAUGUACAAAAUUCACACACGCGGAGUUUUUUGUUUUCGAUGUUUUAGCCGUUUUUAACCUUAAAAAUACGCUGCGUUUCAUUAAUUUAUUGAUGAAUUUUGUUUUGGUGUAUGAAACAUCACUGUGGACCAAAAUUUGCGCCGCUUUUUCAUCUCUUAAGGCACAUUUACUAUUACUUCCUAUAAUUUAGUGUAAUUUUAUUUAAACCAUAGCUAAAGCAACCCCUUUAGGCCUCACCAAUAAUUUGUACAGUAUAUGUAAAUACUAAAUAGGUCUUAUUAUUAUUAUCUUAACAAGAAAAAGACGGUUAUGGCUUGAAUGUUAAAGUCUCGCGCAGAUAUUGAAUCAAAUCAAAACGUUAGUUUUAAUGCACUCUUCUACUGCCAUCAAAAAUCGUUAAAGAUCGCUAGAUGGGAAAUAAAAUCGAAUGCCUUAUGUGUGCGAGAAUGAUGCAACAGUAUACCGGUGAUAAAUAUUAUGAUAACUGAUAACAAAUGCAAAUCACACACAAGUUUUAAUGUAUCUAUUAGAUUAUACGACCUGAAUGGAAUUGAUUUCAGGUAAUUUCAGAAUAGGCAAGUAUGGGGUGGGCCUUUGUAUAAAGUUAUUACUUAAUAAAUAAUGCAUUAAACCAGUUAAAAA